UCUCUGUCAGAGGCUCUUCACACCUUUUGCUUUGUGACACUUUUCAAUCUUCCAGAAGUUUGUCCUUUUCAUCGAGACGCUUGAAGACCCUUUGCAAAGAUGGCGGUCCUACGUGUGUCUUUGCUGUUGGGCUCCUUGAUCCUCCUUUUCUGUUGGACAACCACAUCUGCUCUGUCACAUGACCCCACCUUCAGCACCACCAACUCUCGACCCCCCACCAGAAUCAGGAGGGACCUGACCUACCUUACUCAAGAGAAAACAAAGGAAGUCAUGGACACUGGGAAAUCUGCGCUGGAGGCAUUCAAAUCUACAUUUGACGUUCUUCAGGAAACUAAAACAUUGUCAGGCAUAAUGGAGAAGAUCUCAAAGUUUUCUGGCUUGGUGCCAGGCAUCGGAGGCCUUAUGCUUUCCUUCGUCAGCAUGGUCUUGAUCUUCAUUCCUCAGGAGAGCCCCACAGACCAGCUGCAGGCUGAUCUGGAUGAGGUGAACAGGAAGCUGGACUCCCUCUCCAUCCAGAUCUCCAACCUGGCAACGGAUGUGGAAUGGCACAACUACGCUAGCGUCUACUCUCAGGACGAGGUCCGCAUCCUCAACGCCUGGAAGAAGUUAAAUGAGUUCCUUAAGAGCUCCAGGUUGCCACAGAGCAAUGAGACAAGGAUCCGUGUGGCCGAGAUGUUCACCACCUUCUAUGAGAACACGGCCACUGAAGGCAGCGUGGCCAGCCUCUACCACUACCUGACCGUCAGGGGCACGUCUCUCAGCAAGAACCUGCUCGACAUCCUGACCAGGAAGUUUAAAUGUGACUUUGAUGACGUGGCCAUGUACGCUUUCUAUUUCAACAGCCUGUUGUACAGGGGGAUGGUCCUCAACCAGUUCUACUGGAGUCUGAUGGGUUUUGACACGUCAGUCAAGGCAGCUGAACACACCUCAAUGAUGAAACAAGUUGUUAGUGCUGAGAAAAAAGCUCUGAACUACUGCCUGAACAACUACAAGGAGUACAUGAAGAGGGAUGUGGAGGAGAUCAGCAAAGCUCAGAGCUAUGGAAACAAAACACAAACCGCUUUUAAGAUCAAGAAUGCUUUGGACAAGAAGUACUUCUGGUACAACUGGGUGGUGGUGGUGUACGACACGAAGCAGUACUACCCUGACAAAACAGAUGGUUUCACUGUAAUCCCCAUGGAGAAGAUCACUGCUGCUGUGGGUUUCACCAACAAAACAAAAAUUAAGCCCUCCUGGAAUAUAGACAGUAUUUGCUAUGCUAAAGUGCCCUGCAGCAAUAACAGGGCAAUUGCAGGAGUGGGUAACUGCUAUGUAGAGCUUGAGUACACUGAUUAUGUCUUUAGAAACUUCAGUUAUAUCAAGAAAAAACUGUGGCAUGUCUCUUAUGAUCCAAACUCAGGCCAAGCUCCAAAACCCAAACUCAAGCGAGCCUGUCAGGAAUCAGGGGGCUCCCUCUCCUUUUAUUACUCAAUGGAAGAGCCAGUCUGCACUGGGGUUCCCUGUAUGAACGGUGGUACAUGUCAGAAAAUUCUGGAGUCCAACGACUGGAUGUGUGACUGUCCAGAUGGUUACUAUGGAGAAAGAUGUGAAAACAGUACAGUCAUCAGUCAGCCCCCCAGGUACCUCGUGCCUCACCCUGUGCCCGUCAUCAGCACCAUCGAAGGCAUGUUGAAAAACAUGCAGAGCACGUUGAAGAAUUCUCUUGAUCAGAUUUACUCCCUCCUGAAGCGGAGAGGCUGA